AUGGGUAAUGCGCCGUACCAUUCCUUACAAAAGGACAAAGCUCCAACAUCCAGCAGCAGAAAACUGGAGCUUAUAUCUUGGCUGCAGAGCAAAGGCAUUGAAGCCAAUAAAAAUAUGUUGAAACCCGAAUUGGUCAGAUUAGUGAAAGAAAACAAAUCCAGAAAGUCAACCUACAUUUUGGAUGAAAUCACUGAACAACAUGGUCAUACGGUGCUUAGAUUGCCACCAUAUCAUUGCCAUUACAAUGCCAUCGAACGGAUUUGGGCUUAUUUCAAAGGUUCGUUUUCUUGUCAUUAUACCUAG